CAAUGGAGAACUCACAGUCACAGUCAGAACCAGGAGACGAAUUAUCAGUUGAACAGAACAUUUCUCAAGAUUUCAACACAAAUGGAUAUUCGGACUCUCACCAUCAAACAUUUGGACAAGAGCGAGGCGGAUCUGUGUUCCCCCCCCGACUGGUUGUCCUCAGCCUGGGCCUGCUGAAUGCUGUUCUGCUGAUUAUUGCUGUCGUCAUUGGGAUUUACUGUGUCAAAGGUGAGAACCUUCAGGUUCCUCGUUCAGCUAUUUCUCCCAUCAUCAUCGAGAUGAACCAUCUCCACAACAACAGUGACGUCAUCAAAGCUAAAGCUGAGGCCCAGACACAAUUAGCGACACAGCGAGCCAAACAUCUGCAUCUGAAGCGGCAACUGAAGCAGAUGGUAACCCGCACUGACGCCCUUCAGGCUCAGAUAGAGACCCUCAAGACAGAGAAGACAAACCUGCAGUCUAAUAAAACUACAGUAGAGGGAUCGUGUGGCAGGUGCCUUCAAGGAUGGAGGUUUCUUAAUUCAUCCUGCUAUUAUUUUUCUUACCAUGCGUCUAACUCCAAAAAGAACUGGCGGGACAGCAGAGCACACUGCAUGAGUCAAGGGGGCGACCUACUUGUGAUCGAUAACUCAGCUGAGCAGCAACUCAUCACUGAUAACUUUGCAAGUCCAAAAAGCAGCACUUUGUGGUGGGAGAAUGGAUUUUGGAUCGGCCUCACUGAUGUCAAGAUACCAGGAACAUGGGUUUGGGUUAACGACGUCACUGAGGUGGAAACAGCGUACUGGAAAAGUGGGCAGCCUUCCAAUGAAGGACUUCAGAGUGGGAACUGUGCUGCUUUGUAUCACGUGACUGACAUUAAGGGAGCGUUCUAUAACGGACACUGCAUUGUACAUCUAUACGAAUGGAUCUGUGAAAUGGAGCCGAGCCAAACAUGAAGCAUCUCAAGUGUAAAUCACAGUAACUGGACAAAUACGUUGUGGCGAUGCAAAAUCUUUCAAAUAAACAAAUUGCAGCUCGAUACAUGGAGCGCCAAUGUU